GCAAAAUGGAGCUCAAGGCCAUGAGCAGAUACACCAGCUCAGUGAACCUGGCUGUCUUCCCCCAUCUGACCAUGGUGCUGUGGGCCAUUCACAUGUUCUCCACUGCCUGGUUCUUCAUUUAUGAGGUCACCUCCACCAAGUACACUCGGGACAUCUACAAACAGCUCCUCAUCUCCUUGGUGGCGUCACUCUUCAUGGGCUUUGGAGUCCUCUUCCUGCUGCUCUGGGUCGGCAUCUAUGUAUGAGCUCCCAAGGGUUCCAACCAGGCAUCUUCACUGAAUCCCUGCUUUUGUAAAUUAAUUUUUUUGCUGUUGCUGGAAGUGUUCCAGGUGCUCUAAAUGCAGCUCAC